CUCAGCUGAGCAGAGGAGAAAACUGUCUGAGACAAGUGCUGCUGGUUUACCUCUCACACUUGAGAAGAUGAGUGAAUUGGAUGAUGGGGAGGACACGUUAGUGUCUCCAGUCUCCAGCUGUCCCUCUGAGGAACUUUACACAGACAUGCCUGAAGACUUCAGUUAUGAGCCUGGACCCUCAGCAACAAAAGAGGAGUGGAAGAGGAGGGAUGUUUCUGUGGAGGAGCAGCCGUCCUUCUGUACUUUAUGUCAGGACGUCCUGAAGGAUCCACUCUCUACCAGCUGCGGACACUGGUUCUGCAGUCAGUGCAUCACCUUGUACUGGGACCAGUCUGCUUCAUCAGAAGACUCCUUCUGUCCCCUGUGUAGUGUCAGUCAGACCAGCCCUGUACAACAUUCUGAAAACCAUCUUCUUCAGUCUCACACUUUUCCUUCUCUCUCAGCAGACAGUGGUCUGCAGAAGGUUUUAGAUGAACAUAAGAUCAGUCUGAAGAGGAGAUGUGACCGUGUGACUGAGGGAACCGAUGAAACAGGAAGUGAAACCCUCCUCAACAGGAUCUACACUGAGCUCUACAUCACAGAGGGACAGAGUGAAGAGAUUAAUACCCAACAUGAGGUGAAGCAGCUUGAGACAGCCCACAGGAUAAAGACCCUCCAUGACACUCCAAUCAAGUGUCAUGACAUCUUUAAAGCCUUACCUGACCAACAGGGACACAUCAGAGUCGUUUUGACGAACGGCGUCUCUGGCGUUGGAAAAACCUUCUCAGUGCAGAAGUUCACUCUGGACUGGGCCGAGGGUUUGGAAAACCAAGAUGUCAGUCUGGUGAUUCCGUUUUCAUUCAGGGAGCUGAACUUGAUCAAAGAUGAGAAGUUCAGUCUUCUCACUCUGCUCUGUGUUUUCCAUCCAACAUUACAGAAGGUCACAGCAGAGGAGCUCGCUGUCUGUAAAGUUAUGUUCAUCUUUGACGGCCUGGAUGAAAGCAGACUGUCUCUGGAUUUCCACAACAAUGAGGUUGUGACUGAUGUCACACAGAAGUCAUCAGUCAACGUGCUGUUGACAAACCUCAUCAAGGGGAAGCUGCUUCCUCGGCUCGUCUGGAUAACUUCCCGACCUGCAGCAGCCAAUCAGAUCCCUCCUGCAUGUGUUGACAGGGUAACAGAAGUACGAGGCUUCACUGACGCCCAGAAGGAGGAGUACUUCAGGAAGAGAGUCAGUGAUGAAGAGCAGUCCAGCAGAAUCAUCUCACACAUCAAGACAUCCAGGAGCCUCCACAUCAUGUGUCUAAUCCCAGUCUUCUGCUGGAUCACUGCUACAGUUCUGGAUCACAUGUUGACUACAGAGCAGAGAGGAGAGCUGCCCAAGACCCUGACUGAGCUGUACUCACACUUCCUGCUGGUUCAGACAAAGAGGAAGAGGAAGAAGUAUGAUGAGGAACAUGAGACAAGUCAGCAGGAGCUGACGGAGGCUGACAGGGAAGUUCUUCUGAAGCUGGGGAGGCUGGCGUUUGAACAGCUGGUGAAAGGAAACAUCAUGUUCUACCAAGAAGACCUGGAGCACUGUGGUCUUAAUGUCACAGAGGCCUCGGUGUACUCAGGACUUUGUACAGAGAUCUUCAAAAGAGAGUGUGUGAUCUUCCAGAAAACAGUCUACUGCUUUGUUCAUCUGAGCGUUCAGGAGUUUCUGGCCGCAGUCUACCUGUUCCACUGUUACACCAACAGGAAGACCGAGGUACUCAAGGACUUCCUGGGGAAAGACUGGAAUAAUUACCGAUCCCUGGGUGACUUCUUGCGGGGUGCCAUGGACAAGGACAACAGUGAUGGCAAUGAUCCUGAUUACCCAUCCCUGGAUGACUUCCUGAAAACUGCCAUGAAAAAAUCCCUCCAAAGUAAGAACGGGCACCUGGACCUGUUUGUCCGCUUUCUCCAUGGCCUCGCUCUCGAAUCAAACCAGAGACUCUUAGGAGGCCUGCUGGGUCAGACAGACAACAGUCCAGAAAUCAUCCAGAGAGCCAUCAACAACCUGAAGAAGAUGAACGUGUAUGAGAUCUCUCCUGACAGAGGCAUCAACAUCUUCCACUGUAUGAUGGAGAUGAACGACGACUCGGUACAUCAGGAGAUCCAAGAGUUCCUGAUGUCAGGGAACAGAUCAGAGAAAGAACUCUCUGUGGUCCACUGCUCAGCUCUGGCCUACAUGUUACAGAUGUCAGAGGAGGUUCUGGAUGAAUUUGACCUGAGUACGUACAACACAUCAGACCAGGGACGUCUGAAACUGAUUCCAGCUGUGAGGAACUGCAGAAAGGCAGUACUUACUGGCUGUAGACUCUCAGAGCCUCACUGUGAAGUUGUGGCCUCAGCUUUGAAGUCCAACCCCUCCCAUCUGAGAGAGCUGAACCUGAGUGAGAACAAGCUGCAGGAUUCAGAAGUGAAGCUGCUGUCUGCUGGACUAGAGAGUCCAAACUGUAAACUUGAGGCGCUGAGAUUGUGGAGCUGCCAUUUGUCAGGAAUCAACUUUGUUUCUCUGGUCUCAGCCCUGAAGUCCAACCCCUCCCAUCUGAGAGAGCUGGAACUGAGUAACAACCACCUGCAGGGUGCAGGAGUGAAGCUGCUGUGUGAUUUUCUGAAGAGUCCACACUGCAGACUGAAGACUCUGGGUUUGAGAUCCUGCAGUUUGUCAGAGAUCGGCUUUGCUUCCGUGGCCUCAGCUCUGAAGUCCAACCCUUCCCAUCUGAGAGAGCUGGACCUGAGUGACAACUACCUGAAGCAUUCAGGAGUGAAGCUGCUGUGUGAUUUUCUGAAGAGUCCACACUGUAAACUGGAGAGUCUGGGACUGAGUUCAUGCAGUUUGUCAGCGAACAGCUGUGUUUCUCUGGCCUCAGCCCUGAAGUCCAACCCCUCCCAUCUGAGAGAGCUGGACCUGAGUGAGAACGACCUGACGCAUUCAGGAGUGAAACUGCUGAGUGAUUUUCUGAAGAGUCCACACUGUAGACUGGAGCGUCUGGGACUGUGGCGCUGCCAUUUGUCAGAGAUCGGCUUUGUUUCUUUGGCCUCAGCUCUGGAGUCCAACCCCUUCUGUCUGAGAGAGCUGGACCUGAGUGACAGCUGGGGCAAAGAACAAGGAGUGAAGCUACUCUCUUCUUGUGUAGAGAAUCCAGACUGUAGGCUGGAGACUCUGAGGAUCAGUGGCAAGGUGUUCAGAGCUAAGAAGCACAAAAUAUACGACUCUGAUGUCAAACCUGACGUGAAAACAAACUUUGCCGAGGAUGACAAAAAGGCUCCAUUAUCUUUCUCACCCGAACACACAACUGAAUCUGCAUACAGGUUCAGGUGUCCUGGUCCAGGUGUGUUCCAGUGUGAUUUGACAGGACUGGUGUUUGUUAUGGCUCAGGAGGCGGUUCUGCUGUACAGGACUGUCCAAUGGGAUGAGAGCCUCCUCCAGCCAGCUGGCAAGACAGCUGCAGGGCCGCUGUUUGAAAUCAAGUGUUCUGAGGCUGCUGCCGUCUGUCAGCUCCACCUCCCGCACUGUGAAACAAAGGAUGCGUUGCUCAUUGAUGGCCUGUUGUCUGUUGUCCACGUCACUGACGAUGGAAUGAGCAUCUUGGAGCCACUGGAGAUUACAGACACUCAUGUGGUUGUGAAGGUCCCAAACCUCUCUGCCUUCGGCCUGGUCUGGGAUUACAUCACAAGGUUUCUGAACAUCUCACUGCCAAUAAAUGGCCAAGUUCUGCUGUUCCUCCGACCUCCGUACUUAGGGCAUCGAGUACUGGAUGUAUUUCUGCUGCAGGACAACAUCCCUCUACAGGAGGUUAUGGACCAACAAGGAGGUGCUGAGCAUAUCAAGAUCUCCUCUAACUGUCAUCUCAGCUUUGGUCAAAGUUACAGUGUCCACUGUGAACCUGAGGGCUUCACAAUACAGCCUGAGCAUGAAGCGUUUCAGUCAAGGCAUGGACCAAAUUUCCAUCCAACAUUUGAAGUUUUCCUGUCGACAAACACAGACAGAGUGACUUUGAUGGUGCAGGACCAUGAGCGGAAAGAGGUCUGGAGACGUCACGUUUUACUGACAGCUCCAAGAGGGGAAGUUCCACAGACAGGUGUCCCAGCAGAGGACAGUGUCCCAGCUGACGAGAAACUAUUCUCAGUUCGGACGCAGUUUCUGAACAGAGUGUCUGAACCUGUUCUGAACCAGCUUCUGGAUAAACUUCUUCAGUACCGCGUGAUCAAUGAUGCUGAAGUUCAGUCAGCCAGAACAAAAACCAGAGCAGACAAAGCACGAGACGUGAUCGACACAGUGAUAAGAAAGGGAGCUGAAGCCUGCUCAGUUCUGAUCGCUGCUCUCCGUGAGGUGGAUCCAUGCCUCUCCAGAGUGCUGAACUUCAGCUGAGGCAAAAGGAAGAAACUGUGGAGAGUGAUGAUGAGGAAUCUCUAUGUCAGCUGUCUGUUCUACAGUCUGACAUGACUUAUUGUGAUAUUUAGAGAGAUGACUGGGUGUAUGGGUAUUGUCGACGCCAGGCUUGGUGCAACUGAUGUCUAUUGUGGGGUGCCUCAGGGGUCAGUGCUAGGUCCGAUUCUCUUUUAAAUUUAAAUGCUCCCUCUUGAGCAUGUUAUACACAUACAUAAUAUCAGUUUCCAUUUGUAUGCAGAUGAUACUCAAAUCUAUUUAAGCUGUGAUCCAACAAAUUACUAUCAAAACAUGACUAACCUGCUAAAUUUGCCUUCAUGACAUUUAAAAGUGGUUGUCACAAAACUUUGUGCAGCUUAGUGCUGACAAGACAGAGAUAUUGAUCACAGGACAUGAUAGUGCAAAUGUUCAAAUAUCAAACAGGCUUGGUUCUCUGUCCGACUCAAUAACUUCACAUUGCAGAAAUCUUGGUGUCAUUUUUUUUAAUCAAACCCUCAGUUUAAACAAACACGUAAAUUCAGUAGUUCAAUCCAGCUUCCACCAUCUCAGAAAUAUCUCCGGGAUCAGACUAUUCCUUUCCAACAAACAUCUGGAAACUGUUAUUCAUGCAUUCAUAAGUCAUUUAGAUUAUAGCAGUUCCUUGCUCUCUGGCAUCAAUGAAAAAAAAGCCUCUCGCACCUCCAGCUCGGGGUCUAGAUUAAUUCACAAAGGUGACAGAUUCUUUGAGAGCUGCAACACUUAUGAUAACCGUGAUUUUAACUGCUUUAUUAUUGUGUGUUUUACUGUGUUACGUAUAUUCUGUUUUUUAUAGCAUUUAUCUUGUUUUAUUGCUUUGUCUUUUAUUGGGUUUUGUAAAGCACUUUGUAACUGUGUUUUGAAAGUUCAAGGUGGUCUGUUGUCUCUUCCUUCUGUUGAAAAGUUACCCCGCUAUAUUUUUCCAUGAGAACAACAUCUGAGGCUGUUGGUCCAUAAAAGUCAUGAGAUGCAGCCUCGCUCUGGUCUGUUUAACAGUGUAACACAAACCAUUGUUUGCCCACCAUGCUUUAGCUUUUUUAUUGUUUCUCAGUGGAGAGCGAUUUAAAAAAUGUUGUAAUGGUGAA